AUGGGUAUCCAAACAGAAAAGGAUAAAGAAAAGGAACACCAAAAAAAUAAUUUUAAAAUAUGUAGCAAAAAAUUUGAAACAGAUGAAUUAGAAGUCCUAAAAAAGAUAUAUAAAGAACUAGGUAGUCGAUCUGGCUCAAGUUAUAUUGACAAAGAAACUUUUCUUCAAUUUUUUCCUUUACCAGGGUUGUGGGGAGAAAGAUUAUUUUUAAAAUUUAAUUUCAAAAAUACUGGUUUUAUAGAUUUUGAAGAGUUUAUAAUAGGUAUAGCAAUAUGUUGUCGAGGGACAAAGAGUGAUAAGAUAAAUGUAUUGUUUGAUAUAUUUGAUUUGAAUGCAGAUGGGUUUAUUCAAAAAUCUGAGAUGGUAGCUAUGCUAUCUAACAUUCCUUAUAUUCAUAAAUUAAAAAAUAUAUUUUUUAAUAAAGAUAAAAGGAAAAAUAUGUAUGAUGAUGAUUAUACAAAGGAUGAUGAUAAUGCAGAUGAUGAAAAUGGAGAUGCUAUUGUAGAUUCUAAUGUAGGUACUAAUUCAGAUGCUAAUGUAGAUAUAGAUGCAGAUGCAGAUGUAGAAUACAAUGAUAGUGAUAGUGAUGAUUUUACUAUAGAUGAUGAUGAAGAGGUAGAUAGUUUGGAUGACAUCAGCGAUUCUUUUAGUAGUGUUUAUGAGGAUGAAGAUGAAUAUUCAAAUAACAACAACAACAAUAAUAAUAAUAAUAAUAAUAUAGAAAAUGUGAAUAUAAGUUCAGAUAAUAAAAAUGUAGAAGAGAAUAAUGCAGGAAAUUGUAGUAAAUGUAUAAAACAAAAAAAGAAUAAAGCAUUAAAUGCAAAUUUAAAUAACAAGAGAAAUUCCAAUGGUAAUAAUAAUUCAUUAAAUGUAAAGGAGCUAGCCAAAAAAAUACGAAAAGAAGAAAAAAGAAAAUUUGUAAAAAAGUUAAGAGAAUUAAAUGCAGUACAUUUAUAUAAAGAUAAUCAACUAAGUCAUAAAAAAGAAAGAAAAAAGAAAAAUAAAGAUCCAAAUGUUUCCACGAAUUCUCCUUUUUUUAAAAGUGAAAGUGAAGAUUAUAAUUCUUCAUCAAGUAAUAAUACAGAUGCUUUUGUUCAUGAUCAUAUAAAAUACAUAAAUAAAUAUAAAAAAAAAAGUUUAAAAAAUGAAGUUAAAAAAAAUGGACACAAAUAUAAAGAUGCAACAAAUGCAUAUAUAUCCUCAACUACAGAUAGUUCUACAAGUAACGAAAGUAAUUAUAAUAUAAGUAAUGACGAGUUUGAAAGUUGUAGUUCAAAUAAAGAUCAUAGAGAUUUGUGUUCUAGUGAUACGUCAGAUUCAUUUAUUAGUAUAUAUGGAUAUUUGAUAAAAAAUAGAAGGAGAAAAAAUACAAAAGAAAGGGACCACCAAAGUAAGGAGAAAGAUAAAAAAGAUCAAGAUGUAAAGGGAAAAAUAAAAGCAGAUGAUAAUAUUAAAAGGAAAGAUAAAUCAAUAGAUGAUGCUAAAGAAAAAGAACAAAUAAAGUGUGAGGCAAAAAAUAGAGACCACAAAAUAAAAGAAGAAAUAUCAGAAGGAAAAGAAAAUUUAAAACACAAAGAUGUUGAAAAAAAUAAAGAUGGAGAAAAAGAAGAAGGAAAAUGUGAUGAAAAAGAAAAUGAAGAAGAAAACAAAAUAAAAAAAGAAAAAUGUUUUACAAGAAAUGAUAUAAAUAUAUACAAAAAAGAAAAGAAAAAAGAAAAAAAAAUGAAUAAAUUAUAUGUAAACGAAUUUUGUCUACCAUCAAAAACUGCUAGAAGCAUCUUAAAUGAUGAAGAAAAUAAUAAACCCUCAGAUAAAAAUGUUGAUGUAGAAGCUAUCGUUGAUAUUAUGUUAGAAGAAUGUGAAUUUUUAGAUAAUGAUAAAAUAACACUUAUACAAUUUAAAAGUGUUAUUCAUAAAUAUGAUUUCUUUUUAUAUAUCUUUUUUAAUUGCUUACAUGAAGAUAUUUGGGGCUUACAAGGAAAUGUUUUAUAUGGUAGAGAUUAUAUAAGUAACUUUGUUAUAAAAUCUGAAAAUUUUAAAAAUAAAGAAAUUGAGCAAGAUGAGGAUGAUGCUAUUACAGAAGAAUUAUAUUUUAAAAUAAGACAACUUUUUAUAGUUCAAGCACCUGAUUAUGAUUGUGUGAAUGAUGAUCUGUGUGUAAACUUUUUAAAUACAAAGAAUGUGGAAGAGGACAUAAAGGAAGAAUAUGAUGAUGAUGAUGAUGAAGAAGAAGAAGAAUUAGAUAAAGAGUAUAAAAAAGAUGGUGGAGACAAAAAGGAUAACAUAGAAAAGGAGGAUGAAGAAUAUAUAAAAAAUAAUUUUAGUAAGGAUAAAAAUGACUCAUCUGUAAAUAAAAAAAAACUAAAAAAUGAAAAUAAUGCAAAAUUAGUUAGCUUUGUUAGUGAAGUGAAAACAGGAGAAGAAAAUAUUGUUGACAAAGAUAAAAUUAAAGAAUAUGAAAAAGAUAAGCAUGAUAAGAAGAAUGUUAAUAGUUCCUUUGAAAGUGAGCAUGAAGAUUUGAAGAGCCAAUUUGUAAAUAUGAAAGAGAAAAAAAAGAAAACCUUAAAAGAAAAAGAUGAAUUGAAUAAUAUGAAGGAGGAUAAUAAAAUGCAUAAAAAAUUGCAAGAGUAUGAUAAGAAGAGCAUUCAUAAUAUAGAAAAUGAAAAUAAAAAUAAAAAUGAAAUUCAAAAUGUAAAUCAAAAUGUAAAUCAAAAUGUAAAUCAAAAUGUAAAUCAAAAUGUAAAUCAAAAUGUAAAUCAAAAUGUAAAUCAAAAUGUAAUUCAAAAUGUAAAUCAAAAUGUAAAUCAAAAUGAAAUUCAAAAUGAAAAUUCAAAGGAUAAUAAUAUAUUGAAAGAAAAAAAUUCUUAUGAAGACGAUAUAGGAAAACCUAAGGUAAUAAAUAAUGAAAUAAAUAAAAAUAUAGAUAAUUUUUCUGAAAAUGUAUUGGAUUUGUCAUAUGAUGAAAAAUUGUUAAAAUUGUCAUCAAAUGGUACAAACAAAAAAAAAGAAUUAAACAAUGAAGAUGAUAAUAAUAAUAAUAAUAAUAAUAAUAAUAAUAAUAAAAAUUUUGAUGAAUCUCAAACAAUUCAAGAAUUCCAAAAUGAUAAUAAAAAGAAUGUUGUUGAAGAGGAAAAUAUUUUAAUUAACCAGAAAAAAAGUUCAUACAAUAUGAAAGAAGAUCCAAUAAAUAUUCAGGUUGAUAUGAAAAAUAAUAUUAAUAUGAAUAUUCUUAUUAAUAGGAUGAAUGAUGUGAAUGGUAUUAAUAAUGAACAAAAGAAAAAUGAUGUUGCUAAAAGGAAUAAACAUAAUACAAAUAGAAAUGAACAAAUGAAUAAAAAAGAUAUUUCAGAUAAUAAUAAUAAUAGUACUAUUAUUAAUAAUAAUAUGAUUAAUUUAAAUAAUGAUUUAUUAAAUAUAGAAAAUACAGAAAAUAAGAAUAGAUAUGAAUGUGAUUUCAAUUUAUUAACAAAUCAACUUAAUGAUAUAUUUUCAAAAGAAAUUGUUGAAUUUAUUCAAGCAUCUAAAAUUAGUUUUAAUAUUAAUGAUGUUUGUAAAGAAAGAAAUUUACAGAUGAAAAAAGAAAGACUUCAGAAAGCUCGUAGAAAUUAUUUGAAAAAUAAUAAGAACAAUUUAAAUAUAUCUUUAAAUUAUCAAAGGCAAAAGAAAUAUCCUUUUAAUAAAUUAUUCUUAGAAGAAUUGCAAAAGGAUGAAAAAAAUAAAGAAAUUAAAAAAACAGAAGAACAAGUAACUGAUGUAUCAUGUUUUGAAUAUAAUCAAAAUGGUGUUUUUAGUAACAAAGUAGAACAAACUAAAACAAAUACAAAUGUCUUAACAAUAAAUAAUGAAAACAAUGAAGAAGAUAUUAAACAAAAUGAAAAAGAUAUAAACGAGCAAACCGUAGAAAUAGAAAAGAAAGAAGAUAAUAAUACUCUUACUAAUAAAUUAAAUAAAAAAAAAAGUUUUUCAGGAUUGAAAUUACAAAAUAUAGAGAAAAUGGAUAUAUUAGAAAAGUUUGGGUUGUCCUAUAAAAAAAGUGAAAAAAUUAGUCUGGGUUGUUCCAUAUUUCACAAUAAGGUAGAAGAAAAGAGAGCAUCUUUUAAUAAGAAUCAGGAUGGAAUUGAAGAAGAUAUAAAGAAAGGAGAUUUAAAUGAUGAAAAGGUAAAGAAGAAUGAUAUUAAUGAUGAUAAAGCAAAGAAGAAUGAUAUUAAUGAUGAUAAAGCAAAGAAGAAUGAUAUUAAUGAUGAUAAAGCAAAGAAGAAUGAUAUUAAUGAUGAUAAAGCAAAGAAGAAUGAUAUUAAUGAUGAUAAAGCAAAGAAGAAUGAUAUUAAUGAUGAUAAAACAAAGAAGAAUGAUAUUAAUGAUGAUAAAACAAAGAAGAAUGAUAUUAAUGAUGAUAAAUCAAAGAAGAAUGAAACAAAUGAUGAUAAAACAAAGAAGAAUGAAACAAAUAAUGAUAAAAUAACCAAUCAAAAAAGUAUUAGCGAUAAAGACUCAACUAAAAAGAAAAAUAGUAGUGUAAGUGCAUUGAAUAAAAUGGAUAGUCUUAAAAAAGAAGAAAGUUCAAGUAAUGAUAUGGAAAGUUCUUAUUAUUCUAAUAAGAAGAAAAAGAAAUAUGAUUUAACAAAAAAACAUGGAAAAGAUAUAAAUUUAUAUUCAUGUCCUAAUUGUAAAGGUCCAUUUUUAAUGUGUCCGAAUUGUCAUUGUAGAUAUCCAAGAUUUUGUGUUAAUGAUAAUAAGAUAGCAAUGGAAUGUGAAUAUUGUGAUUGUGAGCAUUGUUAUUUUUAUAAUUGUAUAUAUUGUAAUUUUGAUUUCCAGAAAUGUUUAGAUAUGAUAAAAAAGAAUUCUCUUAAAGAAGGUAUAUUAUAUAAAAUAGGAAAACAUUUACAUCAGUUUAAAGCUAGAUAUUACAUAUUAUUUGAUAAUUUAUUAUAUUAUUAUGAUAAAAAAAGGAAUUUAAAACCUAGAGGAUUUAUGUUUUUAGAAGGAUGUUAUGUUGAAUUAAUUGCAAAGAAUGAUAAUAUUAAUAAAUAUGGUUUUUCUAUAUGUCAUAAAGGUAUGAAACAAGUACAGAAACGUAAUUUAUAUGUAAAUACAUUAGAAGAAAGAGAUGAAUGGGUCCAAGCUUUAUAUUCAUCUACAAAACAAAAUACAUUAUAUAAUUUAUAUGAAUUACAUGAACAAUUAGGUCAAGGUAAAUUUUCAACAGUUUAUAGAGGUAUAAAUAAACAAACAAAUUCUGAAUUUGCCAUUAAGGUUAUUGAUAAAAGAUCUGUAUCUAUAUAUGAAAAAGAAUUAUUAAGAAGUGAAAUAUCUAUAUUAAGAUUAUUAAGACAUCCAAAUGUUAUAUACUUAAAAGAAAUAAUUAAUACAAAAGAAACUUUAUAUAUAUCUAUGGAAUUAGUUAAAGGGGGAGAAUUAUAUGAUUUUUUAUUAGCUGAAACAAGAUUAAGUGAAAUUCAUGCAAAUAAAAUUAUAACUCAAUUAAUAAAAACAGUAGCAUAUUUACAUAGAUGUGGUAUUAUACAUAGAGAUAUUAAACCAGAAAAUAUAUUACUUACAGAUAAAUCAAGAGAUGCUCAAAUAAAAUUAACAGAUUUUGGUUUAUCAACAUUAUGUGCUCCUAAUGAAUUAUUAAAAGAACCAUGUGGAACAUUAGCAUAUGUAGCACCAGAAGUUAUUACUUUACAAGGUUAUAAUCAUAAAGUAGAUGCAUGGUCUAUUGGUAUUAUAUUAUAUUUAUUAUUAAGUGGUAAAUUACCUUUCCCUAUUAAUAAAAAUACUGAAAUGAAUAUACAAAAAAAUUAUGUAUUAAAUUUUAAAGAUUAUAUAUGGAAAAGUAUAUCUUCAUCAGCCAAAGAUCUUAUAUCAAAACUAUUAGAAUUAAAUGUAGAAAAAAGAAUAUCAGCAAAUGAAGCUUUAGAACAUAUAUGGGUUAAAAACCCUACUGCUGUAAUAAAUGAAAAUUCUUUUAUAUAUAAAAAUGAAGAAAUUAAUAUUUUAAAUUUACAAGAUGUUAGUGUUAGUACAUUUAAUAUACCAAGAUAUACACCUUUACAUAUUGAAGACGAAAAAAAUACAGAAGAGGUAGAAAAUAAAGAACAAAUAUUUAAUAUACAUGAAAAUAAUAUUAUAUGUGAAAAUAAUGAUUCCAUUGAUGAACCAGUUAUACCAUUACCAUAUAGUGGUGCCCCAAUAAAAGAACAUAUUAAUGAUAAAAAAAAUAUACAUAACAUAUCAUCUUCAAUAGAAGAUAUAUCAAUGAAUAAACAAGAAAAUCUUAUAUAUGAAUCAAUAAAUAAAGAUAUCUCAAAUCCUAACAAAAAUUUAUCACAAAUUGCAGCGGAUCAAAAUAAUGAAAAUCAAAAUGAACAGAGUAAUCUAAAUACAUGUAAUAAUAAAAUUAAUGAGACUAAAAGGAGUUCAACAGAUGCAAACGCUGUCCAAAUAAAUGAUAGUGCAAAUAAAGAACAUGAAAAAUAA